UGUUGCACUACCUGAUAAGUUUGUUUACAGAAUUUUUUAAAAACAUAAAUUGAAAUAUUUAAAAAUAAUUAUUUUAAAUUAAAUUAAGGAGUUGAGUAGCAUCAAAAUUAGAGUAGUGGAUUAGUUGAGAAGUUUUAGGGCAGUGGGAAAAAUUUGCAGUCUCCGAAAAUUGAAAAAUAAAUCAAAAUAAGCAGCCAAACUACAAAAAUAUCCAAUUUUAGGCCAACUAUAAUUAACAAUGCUGAACUCCUGGAGUCAACUUAACACAAACUCAAAUGGCGAAGAUGCAGACGCCAAUGACACAGAUGAGUCAACUACAAAUGAGCUGGGUCAGCUAAACUACAAGACACAGUACCAACAAUUGAAGAGGAAGCUAAAGUUUUUGAUAUUUGAAAAUGAAUUCUUCCAAGAAAAUCUCCGUCAGAACCAAGAACGCCUCUUAAAAAUCACCAGAGACAAAAAUUUCCUAAUUGAUCGUCUCUUAAAGUACGAAAAGCCCCUCGACUCAACAUCUGAUGAUGAAUCGUCGUCCGAAGAGGAACCGCCAAAACGCAAAGCUACCGAAAAGCAAAUGAAUGUCAGUGGAGGAAACAUAAAAAGGCGCAAAAUCAUGACAGUUGAUAAAUCUGAAGUCAGCUCAAAUAUUGACGAUAAGGAAGCGAUGAUUGAGAAGUUGCAGGCAAGAGAGUCUUUAGAAAGUGAAAUGAUGGCAUCGACAUUCUCGACAGUACCACAAGAGCUGUUCUCAAAUGAACCGAGUCUAGAUUCAACUUAUGGAGAAAUGUAAACAUGACAAUGUUUAAAAAGUUAAGAAUUAUUGCUAAUUAAUUUCCGGACCAGUUUUUUGGGGCACUCAAAAAAAGUUGUCUUUCGUGUGAAUCAAAGUUAAAUUUAUUCAGUUUUGCACACUUAAUUUAGCAGUUUAAAAACAAGUUAAAUUUUAGAUAUAAAUAAACAUUUCAGAUUUAAAUCAUA